AUGGCGGAUAGCGAGGAUUCUUCAAGACCCCAGUUUGGUAAUCGUUUUCUCUCCGAUCCGGGCAAGGUUUUUGAACAUAAUGCUUGGUAAGAUAAUGACAGACGUUUAAUAUUCCUUAUAUCUAGUGGAUGGGGUUUUUAUCGUGAUCAUUGUACAAAAAAAGCGGUUACUAACUUGAAACAUGAUCGAUAUGUUGCAUGAAGGCACCUUGUUCCCAAAUAGCCUGCGAAAACAGCUGUUCUACUCGCUCCUCGCCUCUAGGGCCAGGGACGUUUCGCGAGGAGGAACGUCUGCUUCUCAGCGACAGAAAUUCCAUACAGAUGACGUAAAUCAACGUUAACAUAAUAAAUCUGGUAGUAAUGGGGUUCCAAGUGCCAGUUUUUUCGAGUUUACAAAAUGUACGUCUCUCCUGGUCGAUUUUGGUAAAGUGUUGUGUUAAUCUGCGAACGAGCUCCUGAAAAAAUUAAAUGCUUUUUCUAAAGAAGACUAUAUUCCACAAAUAUUGACUGUUUUGUUAUAGGUGGUUUUCACGUUACAUCAUCGCCACCAUGCUGGUGGACGGUAAACAAAAGGUCGCUCAUUAGCUCGUUUUGUUUGUCCAUCAGCAUUUGUUCAUUUCACCAUUGUUAUUUUUUGUCUCCCGAGACUGUAUGAGAACCACCUAUAGAUUCAUGGUGUUUAUAUUUGACCUUUGUGGCCUUUUGUCUUUUGUCUUUCUGUCAUUCAUAAACAACAGCUGAAACAAUGUGACUACUCUGUUGACCAAUCAGCGCUUCUGACCGGAUUCCAGACAGACUUUACGUCAUCAGUAUAGAAUUUCUGUCACUGAGUUGCAGACUUUCCUCCUCAUGAAACAUCCCUAGCGGUGAGGAGCGAUGAGAAAUGGCUGUUUUCGCAGGCUAGUUCCAAAAGUCUUCUUCUUCCAACACGUCCUUUUUCAUUCAACCAUUUUGAACCACGAAGUGGCAACACACAAGAAGGAUGAAAAAAAAACAGACAUUAGUUAUGAUUAAAUCAAAAGAAAAAGAUCAUUGUAGGCAAUGGUUGGCACUAAAGCUAAUCACCAAAGUAUAAACUUCAGAGUAAUUCAGCGUUUAACCUGUUCCAGGCAUUCAGAUAGUUGGGCGCAGGCAAAAAAUUGACCAGGAAAGAAUAGGGUGAAAAAGGGGUCUCCCGUCGUUUUUUUCCCCUCGUAUGAUUGAACUCUCUCCCCACCAUCUGAAUGUGUAGAACAGGCUACUCAGCGUUCCCCAUGGGGUUUCCGAUCCCUGGGUUUAGUUAGACAAACCCCUAAAGAAGAAUGAUUGAGAAGUUUGUUAGAAUCAUACUUUUAGCAAAUAAACAAGCAAAACCUCAGAUCCAAAUUUGUUGUCUAGAACAGUUAUUUCUCUUUUGCGUUUUCUUUUUUUCAGUCCACACCACCAAGAAAUGAAACCGACAGUCUAUAUUCCAUUACAUGCUUAUUUUUGUUUUGUUUGAAUGUUUGUUAUAUUUAGGGACAGUGUGGAAUGGGAUACUGAACAGGAGGAAGCCGCACAACAAAAGAUAAAUGAAAAUUCCAGAGUUAAACUUGGAGAAGAUCAACAAAGUAUUUUACCCUCAUAGCUGUAUUGUGUUGAUGUGAUAAAAAAUUAUGCUGCUUAAAGUAUUCAUACCCCAAGAGCAGGGAACGUGUGAAGGGCUCUCAUAUGACAUGGGCAUUGAUACUUGUAAACUUAUUUAGGAAUGUUUAUUGCAGAUUUUAGUAUUACUUAGGAGACUGAGAACUUCCCUCCAAUUUUUUGGUGACUCUCCAGGGGAACUGGUUUUCAUGUCAUUGGUAAAAUAUCCAGGAAAAGGAGCUAUGUCACAAAAUUAGUUUUAUCAAAAUUCAAACAGUGGAAACUGCCUCCAAAUUCUUUUUGUCUGUAGCUUUUGAUAUAAUUCUUGGGGGACAAAGUUGCAAUCACAAUAAAGAAGGGUAAUUUUGGCAAUAUUUACAAAAUGUACUGGACAUCAGCUAUGACGCAGCUAGCCCUUUAAACGAGAGAACAGAUUAUUUUCCGAGCCCCAACAGGAAACAACAACCUUGUUUCCAUGGCAGAGAGAACCGUGGGAACAAGAUUGAGGAGACAAAGGACUUCCUGGUUAUAACCUGAGAAUGGCUUUUGUCUACACUAUGAUUGACAAUAUUCCUAAAACAAAACAGUGGCUAAAUUUUGAAAGAGAGGUAGCUCUCAUAUUUCCCUCUUUUACAAUAAUAUUAUUAUUACUCUUUCAACUUGCAUGAUUUCAGAUUAUUUUGACAGGGCUCAAAACAAAUUUGGACGUUUGCCAAUCGUAUUGAUCAGCUGAAGAAAUUUCAGCUUGAUCAAGUCUCCUUUCUCUUCAGUCAAAAUGUUAAAAAUAGAGAGUUAAAGCUUCACAUUCGGCAAACAUUGAGAUUCAAGUUGAGAAUUUCUCAAAAUAAAAAAUAAGCAAUAAAAAUGGUUCAAAAUAAUUCUUAUGGAUAAAAAAUUGUGUGAAACUGCUAAUUUAUGUGAAGAAAUAAUAAACAGUUAACAAAAACUUAUUUAUGGGGAAACUUGCUCGGUAAUACAAAUUCGUGUUGCCAUUUGACGUAAACAUGAAACUUAACCUCUGUAAAAGCAAAAACAUUAAGGGAAAAAGGAUGAUUGUUCUCUGGAAAUUUAAUGGUGUAAGAAAAUUUUUUUUUUUACAGUCACUUACACUGUAUUCGUUUCCUGUCAAAAUGACUGGCAAACCGAAUGUUGGUCCAGACAAAUGGUCAUUUUGACCAUACAUUGUCUGUUGACAUCUUGAGAGUACAUGCCGUGAGAGUAAAUCACAAUGGACUAUGUCGUAAUGUGUGAGGGCUGGAUCGAUGGUAAAGAUCUUAAACCAGAACUUUAAUACUAAUGUCUCAUUUGGGGCACAAUGUUGGUUUAAGGAAGGGAUAGGUGCAUGGACAGUUUGCCAGAAUCUUGUACUGAUCCUGAUAUUUUCUCCCUCUAAUUCAACUUUCAGAAUUGUAUGAGGAGAAAGCAGAUUGUUUCUGGAAUGAAUUUUACAUGCAACAUCAAAACAGGUUCAUGUAGUUUAGAGUGGUGAAAUGAAAUUUAAAAUUUAAGAAUCAAAAUGAUAUUUUAGCCCUGCCAAGUAAUAAUAAAUUAUCGUAGAUAUCUUACGGGAAACAAGUAACUUAUCAUGUAUCAUUAUUUGGUUAAUAAUAAAUAUAAUUGAUUAUUGCUAAUUAUUUUGUAGCCAAAAAAUUAAUAGUUAUCUACAGUUGGAAGCACCUGUCCUACAGCUCCCCUUUAGGUAGCCUGUUUCUUUUUUCUUUAUCCUUUUUUUUCAAAAAAAUUAAAAUAAAUAAAUAAAUGAAGGUGUAUUAUUAGACAGAUAAUGAAUGUUUUUUUGUCAAUAAAGGUUUUUCAAAGACCGUCACUGGUUAUUCACAGAAUUUCCAGAAUUAUCAGGACCAAACUCCUUAAAACCACAACCUGAACGUAAACAGACAACAAAUUCUCUGGCAUCAAGACAUGAAGAAGCUUUAAGAUCAAAGCCUAGCUCAGAUGAUACUUCACUACAACAAGAAACAAAUCUCCAGGCAGUAAAAAACAAUGAGGCUUCGUCACCACGCUCUGUAAACCCUCAACAUGUAGAGAAAACAAAUCUUCAGGCCAUAGGACAUGAGAGGGAUUUAGCAAAGGAGACUCAUUUAUCUAACUUCUUAGAGAACUUGAACGUCUCAAAUAGCUCUAAGAAUGUGGCUGCUAAUUCUUUUACAAUGGGAGACAGUUGUAAGGAAUUUGAUAAUACUCUAUGCCAUGCAAGUGUGAAACAGAAUUUGUCAACCACCGUCUUGAAGGAUAAUGGUACCGAAAGUGAAAGACAUUGCUCUGAAGUUUAUCCUGGACAUAAGAAAAAGAAACGGAUUCUGGAGGUGAAGAAAUUGAUGGAGUGUUUCCUCUUUAAUAUGUAUGAAAUUGUUUUUUCCUAUUGCUAAUCUCAUGUUUAAUUUUCAUGAAGGGAAAGCAAAAGAGUUCAGGGAUGUUAGAAAUGUGACCCUCAUAACAAGUAGUAAUCACACAAUUACAUUAAAUUUGGUCAUGGUUUCAAUUCUUACAUGAAAUGACAUGGUUUUUAGGCAACUGAGAACAUAUGUGGUAUGUCACAUGCCAGCAACAAAGAAUGCAUGUGAUAUUGUUUGAUUUUGAGGCAAUGAUCGAAGAAUGUGUCUUAUUUUUGAAGAAGGGUUUUUUUUAUUAAUUUUUUUAAGGUUGGUUGUGGUGUUGGCAACACUGUCUUUCCAAUCUUGGAAGCAAACAAGUAAGUUCUUAGUAAGUGGAUAAAGGAGGAUUUUGUAGUUUGUUGUGUGACUGUAACAGAGUAGAGCCUCCAUGUGUGACCACCUUCCUCUCAUAAGAAACCGAAAAGAAAAAAUAUCACAAUCAGAAUUCCCAGUUAAAAGUACUAUUCAGUUAAAUGUUGUAAGCAACCACCUCACGAAUCCAUGAAUUAAGUGGUUGAUCAAGGCAAACUCGUGACUAAAAUCCUUCCUUUUUAUAAUUUUUUCUAUAGCGUGUUCAAUUUUUCUGCUGUGAAAUUCAAAAAUAAAUGUUUACUCUUUACGCCAAAAUUCAGGAGUAAUUUACUACCUGUAAUAUACUGAUUAGAAACCUUAUAGCAAUUUGCACUGUUCCAGUUUGUAUUUGUUUCAAGUGGAGGGUCAUGUAGACCAUCUGACAUGUCACCCAGAUCACGUGCUAAUUUUUUUUUGUUAUAUUUGUCUUAACAUUUCAACUGUCAGGUCAUUGACCCAAGACCCAUCUCUUAUCUGUAACACUGAAUUUGUAAGACAACAUUAAUGUUAUCUGCUUUAAAUAAAUGAAUUUGAUUAAAACAAUUGCAUUUUAAAAGCAAUCUUUUAUUUUUCAGUGAUCCAGAUUUAUUUGUUUACUGCUGUGAUUUUUCUUCAAAUGCGAUUAAUUUAGUGAAGGUGAGUAGAGCAUGUAGAGCAAAGAACCUUACUAUUUUAACUUACUAGUCAAUGUAAUGAAUCUUGAAGUGCUGGUAUUGUAUUUCAUGUUGUUGAAACUGUGUUUAGGCAACCUUUCAAGAACAUUGUCCUAGUCAUGUUCACUUUGACAAGUAACCUCAAAACCUCUGAGAAUACCAUAUGUUGUAGUUUAAAAAUAAAAAUCCGGGAUUUAAAUCUUUGAUCUUGUUUGGCUCUCGACAUAGCCGAACCCCAACCUAAAUAAGCUGGAAGAUCAAACUAGCUUGAAAUACGACAUAGAUCUUUGUAGCAAGUAUUUCUCUUCUUGUCACAGGCAUAUGGAUAAUAAUAUUCUUAUUCUGUGAGCCUGUAAAUUCCAGGAUUUCUGAUGAUGCUAUGGUUCCAUUGAUGUUAAUGGAAUUUUUCGAUUUUCUUCCUUUGUUUCAAACUGUUUUUAGCACAGUGCCAAAAAUGAAAACAUAUAAAGGAAAAUAAACUUUUCAUCAGGGAAAUAUUUUUGAAGAUAUGUUGAAAUUACAAUUUUGCUUGGAAAUGGUCAUUCCUCAUACAUACUUCAGACUUCCCUUGUAUAUCAAAUUUUAGCUGCUAAAACUUCAUAUUUCUGAGUUUAAUGUCCACAAAAUAUGUAAGUGAGAGUUUAUCUAGAAUUAAACCUCCAAGAACCAGACUUGUGCCUGAAGUUCAUAACUUUCAGUGCUGUAUCUCCAGGCUGGGGUCAAUCACCCAACACUGUAAAACUACUGCACAUUAUUAAAAUUAAGUUAAAUUUAGUAGAUACUCCCUAGCCUGAAUUCUAGCCAUCUCUUUGAGUCACAAGCUCUGAAUCAACAGCUGCUAAAGCUGUCCAGUGACAUUUACUACUACAGCUAACUAACCUUUUGCUUUAGAGAAGUUUGUGACUCAAGUAGGUGGCUGAAAUUCUGGCUAGUUUUUUGCUGUGAGAACAAACAAUCUAAUCAUUUCAUUUGAUUUCCUGGUAGGAACAUCCAGAUUUUAGUACUGAGAGGUGUCAUGCCUUUGUGUGUGAUGUAACAGACAGCACAUUUGUUUUCCCAUUUCCUGAUGGCAGUCUUGACAUUGUCAUCUUGAUUUUUGUACUUUCAGCUGUUCACCCAGACAAGUGAGUAAAAUCUCUUUGUUACAGAAAUGAUACAUGUAAGAAAUGAAUUUGUUCUGAUAAUGAACUUAGCAAAUAAUUACUCCAUGCUGGGUAUCAAAUUUUGUUCUCAUCAUAAAAUUAUUGUUACAUUUAGUUUUUCUUAUUUUUCUUUCUUGUCCACUUCACCUUCUGCAUUGAUUAGCUUAAGCUAACUGCGGGUUGGGUGAAAUAUUUUCUUGUAAACUGUUUCAUAUGCAAUAAGUUGUUGUUGUUGUUGUUGUUGUCAAUGUGUAAAAUCAAGAAAGCAAGUGAGGAUAACGAUUGUUGCGGCUUCCAAUUCAAAAGUCAUUACCGGUACCUCUGUGUUUUUCAAUGUAACGAAUGUUUUAUUUAUUGGUUUAUUCAUUUUUUUUUUCAGAAUGCAAGAUGUAAUUUACAGACUCUCAAAGGUUGGUUAUUGUGUUACACUUAUGUUUACAAAAUUUACACUAAAAACAAACAAAGCCCUUAAAAUUUUGCACAAAUUCUUAGUAUCUAUAAUCAUGCCUGAGCAAGUACAGUAAAAUCCUGCUUGAUGGACACCCACUUAAUACGAACACCUUAUUAUGAUGGACAGUUAACUUUGUCCCAGGAAAAGUUAUGAGAAUUAAUAAAAUGAUCACAUUUACUUUUUUCUCAAAAUCAACUUAUUCUUAAAAAACGAACACCCAGUUUGAAGAAUUUGUAUGUGGAUAUUGGGGCUUAAAGGGUAAAUUCAGACACUUUCCAUGGCCCCCUCAGUGUCUGUAUUAACGGGGUUUUACUGUAUCAAUUUCCAGCUGUUACAGUUUUGGCUUUGUCUUUUCAGCUUCUAAAGCCAGGCGGGCUGAUUCUGUUUAGAGACUAUGGUCGAUUUGAUAUGGCGCAGCUCAGAUUUAAAAAAGGUAACUCUUCUUUUUUCAUUUUGUCCUUGCAGCUUAAUAAUAAUAAUAAUAAUAAAACGUUUUUUAUUGAGGGUAGCAUGUAAUAUCUCUCGAUAAUCUACCCAUGGCCCUCAAAAAAAAAAAUAAAGUAAGAAACACAAUAAUCAAUCAAAAGCUAUGAUUCAUAGGUGAGAAUUUAAAGAUAAACUAUCUAAGGAAUUACUAAGGAUUGUUCAUUACAAUUUACAAACUUCAAUUCGCUUAAGUUUGGUUUCGAAAGACGUCAAGGUAGAGCAGUCUUUCAACUCCUCAGGAAGUCUGUUCCACAAACUUGCAGCACUAAACAUAAAUGACUGCUGUCCGUUUGACUGUUUAACUCUGGACAACUUUAUAUUUCUUUUGCUGUUUCUUGUUUCCUGGCAUAGACUGCGCUGAAUCUUAAAAAACUUCUAGGCAGUGUAGCCAGGCAGCAGACCAGUUAAUGCCUUACUUUAGUUUUGCAACUUGCUCUUGAAAUAGGAGAUUAGGGCCGUUUAAACGAGGAAAAAUGAGACGAGUCUAAGCAGGACCUAAAUAAUUCAAACUAUCCCGUAUAAAACAUUUCGUUUGAAAUUUUAAGACGCCUUAUUAAGUUUUGUUCUUCGAUAAGACGCGUCUUUGCUAAGUCGCUUCUUAAUGUGCCGUUUAUACGGGAUAGUUUGCGUCUUAUUUAGGACGCGUCUAAUGAAAGACGCGUCUUAUUUUUCCUCGUAUAAAUGGCCCUAAUAUUAAGUUCGCUGAGAAGAGCCGUAGAAGGAGCGUCCCAGGGAGCAUCCAUUAUUGUUCUAGCACCGCACUUCUGAAGGCGGAGCAUGGUAUUGGAAUGACUAAUGAAGCUGUCACCCCAGCUUUGCACAUGGGUUACUGUCUAUUUUACACAAAUACUGGCAAGGCUAGUGUAGUAGAGGAUAUUACAUGACCACUUGGAGAUACGCAAUUUCUCUUUGAGAGUUGAAAAUGUUAAUUUUUGAACUUGAGAAGAUUUCGUUUCUCCAAGUGCCAAUGUAGUGUGUACUGUUUAUUAUAUAAACACCAAUGAAAUACCAAACCAUUUUACUUGGUUAUUUUUUUCCUGCAAAAAGGGGCGAUUUAUUAUGUAGCACUAGCAAUGGUGAUCUUUGUUUUCGCGGGAAAGCUGACCUAGUAACACAGUAAUUACAUAAUAUACGAUAAAUUUUUUUAAACACUCAAGAAUAAAAAAAACUAAAAUCAAAUUUUAGUUUUUCAUCUUCUCACUUGAUACGGAUGUCAUGGCAACAUCGAAAUGUUGUGUUAAACUCUUUCCGCUAAUUUUUAUCCUUAAGUUAUAUAAUAAUAAGACAUAUUUUGAUAUGAUAUUAAAAUAACAUUGACUGUCUUCAUAAAACUACUGAUUUUUCUUUCUUGACGCUAUUGUUAAAAUCCUGCAAAACAUUUAUAACAGGUGUGAAACAAGAAAUAACAUGAAUCAAAAAAUGUCAGCAGAAACCCAAGGACACAUUCCUCGGAAAAUUUACUCAUCUACAAUGAAACAGAUAGAUUAACAUGGGGAAAUAAAGUAGUUAAACGAAGGCUGGAACUCACAACCUCACAAGCUGAAAUAGUAUAAUCACAGUCGGUAAAUUGCUAUUAAUUUCCAAAUUUUGCAUUUUGUAAAAUGUUGAAAAACGAAUGAUUUCAUUUGAAUGGUCACACCAUAGGAUUUCAUCUGCAGACUCAAAAGUGAGAACCACCUUCACGACUCGGCGAUCAUUGGACAGUCAGUGGACACUUCGAGGUCAAAUUAAAUUACAUCUAGUUUUGAAACUUUUUCCUGCCAAUUCUGAGCGGGCAACAUCGCAAAUACAGCCAACUCCUUCGUAAGCUACCACUUCGUAACUUUCUUAAACGACCGCGACCACUUUUUAAACCAGAAAUUCGAAACUUGAUACUCUUUUGUCAGGGUUUUUUGUUUCUCGUAAGCGUCCACCUAGCCUUCCACGCAGGCUUUUUUAGGGGAUGAAAAACGAGCUCCCCUAAAAACGUCUGCGUGGGAGGCUAGCGUCCAACCAGUAUCAACACGUAUGAUUGUAAGAAAACCAUUGCUUGAAUGUCACAAAAGUUUACUUUUUUAAGGCACUGACUCAGAGCGGACCAAGCGUGCUAACAGAUUAUAGCGGUUUAUCGCAGUAAUAUGAUCUGGAGGUAAAACGGUGGAUUGUAACAUUGAUGCAAAAUGUUUUGUACAAAGUCUCAACAGUUCCAAGCGCUAUUCGAUGUGAAACAUUAUUGCCAGUUGUCUGUUUGCCUCAGUUUUAACUUGUUAGGUAAUAACUUUAUGUGAUUACGUUGAGGGACGGACCAUUACAAAACUUAUUAGGGGGGGGGGGGGCGAAGUACAAAAAAAAAUAGUCGCGCAAGGGAAAAUUAAAUAAAAGAAAAAUUCUUGCACGCCAUUUAAUCCUAAAAAAUAUUCAUGCUACGUCUUAAAAAAUCAUACAAGGAAUUUGAUAACAAAAAAAAUAUUCCCCCCCCCCCCCCACCCCCAUAACUGGGUCCGUCCCAACCAAAUAAGUUCAGUUUGAGCUUAGUUUGUUGAUUUUUCCGCGCACUUUGUCGUGCACCAAGGGUGGCCGCUUUCGAGAGAGUUGACUUUAUCUAUAACGUUAGAGUGUAAAAUGCCCUGUAAACGUUAACCGCUACUUCGUUUACAUAUCUGAUUCUCGGGAGACUAAAGUAACCGUUUACAAGUCAGUUAAAGGAGCUGUGUCACGAAAUUUACCAAAAUUCAAACAGUCGAAACAGCCACAAAUUUGAAUGAAACGUUAAAAUAACCGCUCAAAAAGUUCCAAGAAGGUAUAAAAAGCACGGCAAAUACACUGAAAAGGGGGCACGGAUGGACAAACGUGAAGAGGAUUGAAACGGAUUGCAAUUGUGGUUUUUGAAAAGUUGUUAGCCUAACGGUUUUUCAAAGUUCACUCUUGUCGUUUUGAACGUUUGAAAUAAUGCUUGAAAGACAUUUGUUUGACAUGAAGCUAUGAUUUUAUCAUUCACAAGUAAUUUCUCAACUCUUAUGCUGAAAAUGGAAGCGAAAUUGGGAUUGUAAACAAAAUGAACUAAACAGACCCUUUAAAUCAAAAUAACUGCAACUUAUUUUAGAGGAACGCAAGAGAGAAACAGAAAUGCCAGAAAAGGAGCACGCGUAUGGCCAUAACUGAGGAAGAUUAAACGGACUGCCUGAAUCUAGCGGACCGAAGCCUGCUGUUUUCAAGAUUGUCUCAGUUUAUCACAACAUCUCAAUGAUUUAUAACUUUUGAUAAACCUCUUUUCUCGUUAUAAGGCAUCUUGUCAACAAAAGGGGUUUCUUUCGGAGGUCGAUUGUACUUAACUUUUAGCUCUUGUUAGUUUUGUUUUGUUUCUUUCUCCAUAAAAGUGUCCCUUUUUUUCAUUUUUUUUUUCAGGAAAAUGCUUAGCAGAAAAUUUCUACGUCCGUGGAGAUGGAACAAGGGUGUACUUCUUUACACAAGGUAUUUUGAUGUGAAAAAAGAAACGCACUUUAUUUGAGUCAAUUUUUACUUUAGCACCAAAGUACAAAUUGAGGAGACUACUUUUACGUCUCCUACUGGAGACGGAACCGCCAUUUUUUUUACGUGGUCAUCCGAGCCAAGCGAAGGUCUGGCUGUUUGCACGGCAAAGGCUGUACCUCAGUUAUUUAAGGACCCUGAGUAUUGGCCCCGCCCAGGAGAUCGAACCCGCGACCUCCCGUAUAGUAGUCAAGCGCUCUUCUGCAGACAGAGCUAGUUCUGGCGCGGUUGUGAAUGGUGCAGCUAUGGGUAAAUUAUGUAUUGGCUUUUUGUAAUUGACGUGUUAAUGGCGGCGCUAAGGAACAGCGAUACUUCGAAAAAGAACUGAUUCGCGUAACGUACUUUACAAUUGCUCCAAUUUGUUUCUUUCGCUUUAUGACUGAAUACUGUCUGAAUAGCAGCUCAGAGGAACAACGAUACUUCGAAAAUUCAAAUUCAAAAAGGAAUUCGCUGGUCAGUUCACUUCCUUUAUGGAUGUACUUUCACUAUCCUUCGCAAUUUUUCCAGUUUGUUUCUUUCGCUCUCUGAUCAUUAGGAGUUCACAUUCUUCAGGAAAUCUUCUGUUUCAUCAUUUCAAGUUGCUGCUUUACAGAGUAGGGCUAGAAGUGGCGCUCCGAGGCGAUGAUUUGAUUUGAAACCCGUGUACCCUUACGAUCGAUCCCCGCGGUUUAUGUACGAAAUAAGCUCUUAAUGCUGGUGAAUCACUGAAAGUGAUGCGCCACUCCCGGGGGGAUACUGCCAUAUAUGGGCUAUAUAGGUAUGUGCCGCUGUGAAGGGUAUGGUUUUCAAGCAGUUUACUCUAGGAUAGGGUAUAUAAAUCAGAGCGUUUGGGUCUAGAAUAGGGUAUGAUUUUUCAGGAAGCUGAUCAGUUGGUUGAAGAUUUUAUCUAGACUGGGGAAACAGCUACUCUAGGAUAGGUGGAUUUGGGGAGUUUACUCUAGUAUAGGGUAGCAAAACUCAGCUGAACUAGCUCUGGUAUAGGUUAAGGGUUCCAGGGUCCCAGCGGCACAUCCCCACCCAGAAAUUCCUAAAGUGCCCCCCCCCCGGGGCGCCACUCUCGUGUCUAGACGUAAACAUUAAGCUAGCCAAGUUUUGCCAGCCAACUUUGCAUUCCCUAUCUAUACGAUAUCAGUGUUUUUAUACAGCCUAUGUGCCAAACGUACCAAGUUGCGCUUUAUUUUCACCAUUUCACGGCGCCAUUGUUGUUAAUUUUCCUAUCUUUUUAUUUGCCACUGAAAUUAGUAGAUAAGAACUUUCGAUAGCUUGUUCAAUAUGAUAUACCAGGUUUCUGUUACUCUUUUAAAGACCUUCUCAAAAAUCUCGUUAGCUUGACACUUUAACCCAAUAACAGUCAUAUACCGGCUUAGAAAACAGAUCACAAGGGAUCGAUAUAUCGACUGUAUGUCGACUGUCAUGAUUUUUGACAGACUGCUGCGGAGGACAGAAUGGGAGGUAAAAGUCUUUUUAUUUUUCCGCCUUUUGGGACUCUGGAUCAAAGUUUCUCAUUUCCUCGGGACGAUUAAGGUGUUUUUCCUUUUGGGCAAGUACGGGUGUUCAUGUUUUUUAACUGGAAUUUUUGUAGAUAGCAGCUAAGUUGUACCCAUUCUUCUACAAAUGACAGUUUUCAGUACACUUCCGGGAGUUAUAUGUACUUUCCCACGGUGCUGCUUUUACAUUUCGUAUUCAGUUCUCUCUUUUAUGUCCGUUUUUUAUCUUUGCCGCCAUAAGGUGUCAUGUGGUACACAUACCAGUGAGUAAAAUCACUGUCAUUUCGCUUUUUACAGAAUUGAGCAUUUUUAAUCGCUAUAAUUCACAGUACGUGAUGGAAUCAUCUCUUGCAUUAGCUACUACAGUAGUUUUAUGAAAAAAAUAUUAGAAAAUUGCGAUCGCUUUUAAACCGAAAAUCUUGAUCCCUGCAAUCUUUAGUAGGGCGUCACUUAUGUAAGACGAGCUUUUCAAGUUUCUCACAGCUACGAAAAGUGAAGUGUACCAUGACCACCCUGGAAUAUUCGUUUUUAGAAAUUAAUAAUGAUUGAUUACAUUUUCAUUCUUUCCUGAUUUAAAUAUGCUCCGAUAAGCGCUACCGGUUCCAUGUGAAGUCUCACUGAACAUUUUGUGUUUUAAUACUCUUUCAAACAAAAACAUGACUUCCAACACGAAGAUUUCGGUGGGUAAUAUACAGGGUGGUAUUUGUUAUCCUUUUUAAGACUUUUCUGCAACAAUUUGUUAUUUUUUGUGUAAGUACGUGCUCGUCAAAGUAAAGAAACCUGCUAAGCAGUACACGUAAUUAGGCGGAGCGGAAACUGAAAGCCAUGUAUUAAAUUAAGCCCUCAAAAUUAGAAAUUUCGAAAAAUGGGACAAAUUUCAUUUGCUAGAAUGCUGGACGUUGAGCAGUACUAGUGGUUCAAAUUCUGCUUGAGGAUUUUCUACACGUACUGAAAGUAGUGAAAACAUUGCAAGCCCCAAACUUAACAAAUAGCCUUGCGGCUAAUGGAAGUUAAAAUUUUCUCGUUAAUUGUUGUACGUGACUCGAUUGUGAUGGCUUCGAAAGUAACCUUUUGACCCUAAAAACGCUAAGAAAGAUUGAGUCAUGGAGCGAAAAAUUUCCUCCUCUGGAAGUCGAAGUUUUAAAACAAAGAAAGAGAGCGCAGAACUUUCCUUCUUAGUGGCCUUUUUUCACGGUCCACUCAAGGAUUUAACCACAAUUUCUAAAGUUAGAAAAAAUUAAUUGGCUUGAUUCUAUGAGCUGCUGGUGAAUACGACCUUGGGAAGUCAAGGAGGGUUUUCCUGACCUCCAACGAUGAUUAUUAAGGAAGCCGGCUUUCUCCACAAAACUUCAGCCAAGAGCAGCAGGUUACUUACAUCCUUGUUUGUGUUUAGUUAGUUUGUUUUGUUGGUUGGCUCGUUGUUGUAGUUAUUUGUUGAUCCAGAUAAGUAGUAACCAUAGUUGUAAUCAAGUGAUCCGUAUUUGUUUAAGUCUACGAGAAAAGUGGAAAAGAAGUGAUUAUUAAAGAACAUAUCAAACGAGCCUGUGAAUAUAGUCGUUUCUUCCCUAGCUGCGAGGAGCAAUAAGAGACGCCUGUAUUUGCAGGCUAAUAUCAAACUUUUCAUUCUCGUAAUUCACUGCUUCCUGUAUUGUUCCAGCUGGAGUAACAUCCGAAGACCUUUCUUUUUUGUCUCUUUCAUUUUUUUCUGACAGUCAUACUUAAAACACUUUACAGAGCAUGAAUAUUUUGUGAUAAGCAGAAAAAAAAAUUCUGACCGGCAGACUAGUUACAAUGAAGGUCUAAAAACAGUUUUUGUAUAAUUGGAUAAUAAAUUAUCUGAAUUGUGCGCUCAAGGGCAGUGUUACGAGGCUCAAAAUUAUGCUCGCGUUAUUUUAAAUAUUUGUCAACGUCCAGUUGCCGCAAACAUCCAAAACCUCUAAAAAAUAUUUUUAGAGGAAUUUUUUUUUUUUGUCAAGUGACUUUUUAAAUCGGGGUGUUUAAAUUACAGAUUACAAAUGAAAUAGUGGGAUGUUCGUGCUUCGCUGGACGUUUUGUUGUGGUUUAAUGAGUCCUUUGUCAGACACACCCACUGUCUAUCUUAGAACGUUUUCCGGGGGGCACAGGUGAAGUAAGUGGUAAUCUUUUCUUCUAACUCAGAUAUUUCCAAAAGGCAGUAGAUUAUGGCCUUUUUGUUGCAGAAAAUACGUAACUCAGCGUUAAAAUUAUCAUGUUAAUGAAUCAAAGAACAUUAAGAAAAUUGAAGGUGACAAGACAUAUGGUAAAAGCUUUGCGCAGCAAGGAAGGAUCGUGACCAGAUAAGAGACAUGCAGCUAGUGUACCAAACUGCCUCCGCCGCGAUCGUAGAAAGUAUUAGUAGUAUACUAAUAUGAUAAUAUGAUAUUUUCUCUUUUCUACUGGCCGUUAAUAAAGAGAAUUUUUAUUUCAAUAUCAGCGCUCCCUGACCAAACCCUGCUUAGCGACAGGCAUCUACGGGCAAGGUAUUUUUCAGUAGCCGACUUUGACAGUGUUGUCAACCAUCGGAAGCUUUAUAACGUUCAACGAAUACAUAAACAAACAUUCUUUUUCAUUUAUCAGUGUUUUGAAAAUAUGUGUGGCGAAAAUUUCUUUUACUGUCUAACAGAGCUGACUAUAAUGCCACUGCUGAGAAGUAAUAGAGGUGAGAGAAUGUGCCUUUCGAGGUAACAGCUCAAACUAAAAUAAGGUUGCAUUUUCAUAAUAAGCGUUUUCUCUCCUAGAGUCACUGUUGAGUGUAUGAUGGCGGCUGUGUCUUGUAAAAUAGUUUUAACUUUUGAGUCUGGACGAAAUCUUCCCCUGUGACCGUUUAUCACCACUCAAGUGGCAGUUUUUCUACUAUAGUACUAUUUUAUUAUUCAGCAUUUUACAAAAUCAAUCGGUCUAUUAUUUGGGUCCAAUCUUUUCUUUAGCCUUUUCUGGUCGUAAGAGGGUGAAAAAACGAAGCUUCAAAGUAAAGCGAUUGAAUCUAUGCCUUCCGCAGGAUAGCCUUUAACACGAUAUUGAGGAAUACCCAGCUGCAACUCCAUUUUUCGUUACACUGAAGUGUGUGUAUAAUCCAACAUUUCAUGUAAAAACGUUUCAAGUAGGAAAGAAGUGGUCUGACUGAACUUGCAAGUCCUUUCAUCUUCCUGUCAGGACUCCCCGUCAAUAUACGGCAGCCUCCCCCGGAAGACUCGUUUGAGUUGCGUCUUUACUCCCACGCCAAAUGUACAUAACUUGAAGGAAACAGGUGGAAUUACUUGACAAUGCUAUAAGGUGAAUAUUUCGUAUGCUUCAUCGACACUGAAUACGACGAAACGGCUUUUGACUCCUUUUAAUGGGCAGCGUUGUUGCACGUUAUCUUCACAUGACUCCAGAACUUGUUUUUAGCACUGAAGGUUUAUCUUCUUCACGCAGCAAACUCAUAGGUGGUCUACAAUACUUUUUGGUUGAUAUGGUGAACUCACUUUGUCCGGAAGUCCACUCUAGAGUUCCUCUUGUAGUUUAAUUCGACUGAAACCGUUGGCCAAGUUUUUCACUAAAAACGUGCGUUCCAUUAAACGUCACCCUUUAACAUUUGUCCUUAUUCAUCACUAGCGUUGAUUGAGGUAAAGCUAGAAAAACAGCAUUAUCUGAUUUAACAAACAAACCACGAAAAUUAGCGGAGUUUUGUGCGUGUUCAUUGUGAAUAGAAACAUUUUAAUGUUACAACAGGUGGUUAUAAAAACCUACAGGGGAAAGUACCCCGGAUAUGUCGGUUUUAUUUCAACUUUAAUUCCCUGUCGUCGAGACUGAAAUGUUCCCCGGGACGUGAUGUUAUUUGGCAUUGAUUAUCGAAAUAAAGCCCCUCUUCAAUAACAAGAUAUUGUAUAAGGUUAAAUGGUGAAUACAUUUGACUAGUUAAUUGGCAGGUUUUGCGAGAUAAAAUGAAAGCACUUUUCUUAUGUUGAUUAUUGCAAACCAGUCGUUCGAUCAACACAACAGCAUUCAUAUUUGUCUUUGUAACUUUUAAGCAAUAUUUCUUUUUUUCGCUGUUGGGGCUAAGAAAUCUAAUUUGCCAAGCUACUGCUACAACAGCUAUAUGAGGAAACAUAAUGCACAGUUUUACCCGCUAGUUGGAACAGCAGGGAAACUAAUUACAAGCGAUUGAUUGAAUUUGACGGUCGCCCGCGCUCAAAGAUAAAUAAAUCAUGCCUAUGGCUAGUAAAUUGUGAUUAAAAACUGUCUCGGUGCGACAGGUUGAGGGCUGAUUUCCAUUGGCUGAUCCGUGGAGCUUGUCUAAGAACCUGUUGUGUUUUCUAAUCUUUAUCAAAGACUCUUUUUAUGCUGGAUGUUGCACCUCGCAACCAUCAAUACUCCUCUUUUCUUAAUUUUGCUUCUUUUGCGCGAAGGAACUCCAUCAGUCAUGUUGUUUUAACUCAUUUCGGCAACUUCAGUUCAGUUUUGCUUGACAAUCAAAUGUUUCUUGCAAAAUUAAUGCUAUUCAUAAUCAUAGAAUCCUAUAUUCGUUGCUUUUAUUAUUAGAUUACAAAACAAGCUAGCUGUACAGUUAUUUAUAUUGAUUCCCCGGAGGCGCUAACAGGUGAUUUUAAAUUGCGUAUUAUGAACUCGCUGGUUUGUUAACAAAUCUUUACCAACACCAAUAGCUUCUUUUCUGAAACAAGCCUGUUUCUGAUUAAGCUGAAUUCAAGGUGUUUUCGAGCGAGUUUCUCUUCGUGCGAGAUUAUUCACUUCAGGUCGACAGGUGUUUAGCGCAGUUAAAUGCCUGAACAGAUUAUAGCGGUCGCAUUGUCUUAGGAUUACAUCAACGACUAGAGCACUGAAAAUGAAAAUCCGCUUUAUUUAGAAACGAUCAUCUUUGUACAUUUUUUCUGUUUGUCAAUAUAAAUUAUGACCUUAUAAUAAUUUUUUCUAGCUACACUUUAGCUCCUUUUUUAUACUGGGUCGAGUUUCUGCUUCCUGUCUCUCUGUAUGCUCCCCAAAAUGUCUGAGGUCAUUAAACGCUUUUUAAGGCCGCAAAGUUAGAGUGAUCCAGUUGUUAUGGUAAAGUAUUCGGUUGCAUCCUUGAAUUUCUAAGGCUUUGAUUGUUCGGUUAUCGCGUUUCUCUGUCUUUAUGGACAGCUAUCGCCAUGUUUUUAACCUGUUGCAAACCCAUUAGUCACAAGGUGAACUAGUAUUGUCUUGUUGUGCUUGAUUUGUGGCUUCGUAUUUCAACAAAAACAUUUUUCCAACAAAAAACAACUGAGAUUUUUUUGGUGCGGCAUUAAAACUUUUCGAAUUAAGGCAAAUGGGACUUUUCGGUCGAACCGAAAGUUCUGGAAUUAAAUCAGUCAAGUAGUGUUUCCUGGGCAUCCGUUUUCUUCAUGCUUCAGCAGCAACGACAUCCUUGAAAAAGAUUUGGAGCACAAACUACAGCAGUAUUUCUUGACCUCUGAAUGAGUUUGAAGAUGCGCGCGUAGGUUCGAUCUAUCAGCGAAAGCUCUCUGACAGUUUGAACAUUUGUAAGGUUUUUCACCCGUGUGGGUUCUAAUAUGUCCUUGAAGAAGCCAGGGUCUGCUAAACGCCUUCCCACAAAUUUUGCAUUUACAGGGAAGUGUAUGCGUUCGGAUGUGCAUUUUAAGAGCUCCUAGCGACAUGUAGAGUUUAUCGCAGUACUUGCAGUGGAACGGGCGCUUGUGAUGCGGGUGACAGUGGUAUUGCUGGUGGCGAAGUAGCGACGUAACCGAUGAAUAGCUUUUACUGCACUCUUGGCAUUGUAAUUCGUUUCUCGCUGUCUGCCCCGGGGCGAUCUCAUUACCGUUUUCAUCGACGCUCCUAUAGUCAGGUUGUUUGUGUUUUUCCUGAGAUUCUGUGGUGCCGCUCUUUGGUGCUUCCCUAAGCACUGCGAGUCCAGAAACUUCAGCUGGAUAGGAGAAUAUUUUCUUCUCCCACCUGAUUUCGGUGGGUAUUUGUAAGUGCACUCUUGGGCUUUUGAUAUGCGGGGCAGCAUGUUCAUAUUCUUGACUAUAACCUGUUGCGUGUGCAGAAAACACAUGGCAGGAAUCAGAUAUUUGGUUUACAAAUUAUUCAGCGCACUGUUAGCAACGCAAACCAGCGAUCAAAAAUUCGUGGCAAAAGAGCAGCCAUUUGAUAAUUAGGCAAAGUCAAUGCAAAGAGCGAGCGCAAAUCACGAGAAACGCAAAUGCUUUGAUUUGGUCGAAGUUCAUUAAAAAAUUUUUCUCUAUCCUCGCUACCUGUCCAAAAUAUGACAAGUGCAUCAGAAUUAACACAAUACAUUAUUUCACUCACCGAUUGCCUGCCUUUUGACGAACAGAUUCGAGGGAAAUCUUUUUAGUUUUUCACUCUUUUUCUUGACAAGGAACGCUUUAGGCAUUUUCGUCUGCGCUUUUUCUGCCGGUUGACAGCCGCAGAGUUCGCUUCUGUCCGAUUACAACUCUAUACGUGUGCUUUGCAACGUUCAGUGCAGGGAGUUUUUGAUGAGGGCGACUCAGGCCCGUCUGUGUUUCAAGUGUUUUUAUUGGUCAAUUGCCCGUGACGUCAUGUGUCAGGUGUAACACAUUAAUACACCUUUUUAUUGCCAUUCCGCGCCAGGAGGCAAGCUUGGUAUCAAAAUAUCAACCGUGUCUUAUUUGGCAACUGGGUAAAACCUCAUUAAAUUCACACCCUAGCUGGCAUAAGCAUGCUGAUAAAAGACUUAUUGACCUGAAGUGCGCAUUCCCGACUUCGCCCUUCCUUCGAUUUCAAGGAAUCAGACCGAUAGGAAUUCCGGUGUCGCUAUAAAGAUGAGCUUUAGAGCAAAUCAGCUCUUGUUUGAAUUAAAGAGCAGAAAACAACAGGUGAUGGAACUUUAUUGCCAUUGUUCAGCGUCUCGACCCAUUGUUAUAGCCCUAAAGUCAAUACAAGAACAUAAUUAACCACAGUGGACAAUAACAUCCCAAACAUGUCGCUCCAGAAGUCAAAAUCAAACACAGUCGAUAAUAAACCCUAGAAAAUUUGCAUUUCAGUCGGGAUUAUAAUUACUGGAGUUGCCAACUUGUUUAAACUCCCAUUUUCAACAGCUAAUCUUUUAUCAAAACUCUUUCUCGAUCAUUCUGAAGGAAUCCUCGCUAUUGGACGGCAGCGCAUUAGAUGUUCAUGUAAACUAUUGUCCAAGCAGGUGACUGCGCGAUCAGCAGAGUAAUCAUUAAUAUCAUGUGAUAUUGCUUGUAAGAGAAACCCACCUCUACAAACUCCAAAAAUAAACCAAAGCUGUUUUGAACUUAUCGGUGAAGGAAAUCGAAAUUGAAAGUUCAGUUGAAACCGCAAGCUCUUUCAAGUUUAAAAAUGAUUUCGAAGAUUAUCUAAGCAACCAACUAUUAUUGUAUUAGGAAUGUUUUAUUACCAAGGCGAGGUCUUGCCGUCAAACCAGUUUUCCGUGGCUUUAACUUGUACAGGUUUAUUUAGAGUGACGUUCGCUGGCAAAUAGUUUCAUUUCAAUCUUGGCCAAUCAUUGUUUUCCGGACAUGGACUUCAAACUCAAGGCUUCCGUCUCAGGAUUAGAGAGGAGAGGAAGACAUACUUCUUCGUGUUGAUAUUCCUGAAACCACGCGAGGAAUUUUAUUUACAAUCUUAUAUUAUAUUGUAAACUAUGCCAAGAUAAGAAGCACUGACUCCAGCAAAAUAGUUGCUCUGCCAUCGUAAUAUGAUAGGCUAAAUUCCUGUAAAAUUCUUUGGUCGGUUCCUCUCUUAUGAGUGGUAGAACUGAAUGAGUCCUAUUUUGUUGACAAAAAUCUUAUCAUUUUGUUUUUGUUUUUAAUUAUCACUGGUUUGAUUCACUAUCUCCAAGCUAUGUUAAAUUCAUUUAAAGCGGAUUUGAGGUUCUUCCCAUCCGCAGCUGUGCAUAUUUCAAUCGCUGCUCAGUUUUCAUUCCCAUUUUUUCUGGGUCAUUCAUACAUACUGAAAACUUUAUUUCUUCAACGUCUAAAUAUAUUUGUACACGUACCCCAGCAAUUUUUCCUGCCGAUACAAAAAACCCUAACCCCGCUUUAGAAAAGCACCAUUCCAGAGUAGAUUUAUCUUUGUCAUAUGUUCCAUACAGGUGCUAUAAGCUGAUUGUACUGUGGGGGGUAGCCAUAAGGCUCUGUGGAAAGCUUCUCGCAAACAGGUAGCUAUUGCCGAGAAUUUGGGUAUGAAAUGUGUCUGAUGCUGCCUUACCACCCGAGAACUUUGGCUUUCUGCUCGCGAAUAGUGAUUGGUUUAAUAUGCACAAUUCAUUUUCUGCACAAAUCCAAGACCAGACAGUCACAAAACAGAAAGGAGUUGUAUAUGGUGUGACAGGGGUGGUAUGCUUAUCCCGAAUUCUAUAUGUCUGCGGAAAGCUGGUGCAGAAUUUUGUAAAUGGUGGAUUUUAUUUGACUGGUUUUACUAGUUUACUUAAUAAGAUUUACUUCUAUUACAGCUGUUCAGCCACUGAGAUAAUAUAUAACUAGAUUCCUAUUUUGUUAGUUUCAAAAAACAGUCAAAAAUCCUUGGUGGCCGCCUGGCGUUACUAAAACAUUUUCAGCUGAGCGUGAAGAUAAACGGAUGUUUUGGCAUCAACAACAGGCUUCAGAGAAUUCCUUUUUAAAUCGUUGUUACCUUAAGUCACACCGGAUACGUUUAACACAGUGUGUUCGUUUUUGGAUAUGACUAAAGUUUAGAACGUGCUAGUCCGAAGACGGAAAUACUCUCUUCUGAAGGUUUAAACUACUUCCUAUUUCCUGCACCUAAAAAAAAAAAAUUGGUGAAAAACAACCCGAUGCUCUUUUUGCGGAGAGAAUCGCUGCUUGUGUUUGGACGCGCGCAGGCAUAAUUCUUUUGUUCUCAGCAAGGCUGAUUUUUUUUGCGUUGUUUUUCUUGAUGCAUCAUUGGUACGUUAAACCAGCAAUAUAAAGCUCUUCUUACUUAUGACCUUUGUGCGGACUAUGGACUGUGAAACUGAAAACGAGUAUUGUGAUUAACUUAAUGAAAUCAAAUUGUUAUCAAUAUGGACUCAUAUUUAUUAAUUUGCUGUUGUGCCAUGGACAAAUUCUUCAAGUUCUUAAUUUGCAAAUUUCCUAUUCAGUACUUUGUGAUGAACAUGUGUUGAGUCAGCUUGAAUAGAUACUGAAAGAGCGCUGGAUUUGUUUGUAAGCGUCUGUUUAUCUUUAAGUUUCCUUUUGUACAAAAAGCGUUCACGAGUCGACACAAGUAGUAAAUAGCUUGGCGUUAUUUUGUAACAAUAGCGUGUUUUAGCAUAUUUGCUAGCAACAAACAUAGCUAAACCUAAUAUGAAGCUAGAGUUUUGUCUACACCACUGAAAAAGAGCAAAUCGUCUUUUGUACCCGAUCCCUGUUUUUUUUUUCUCCCUCGUGCUCACUUACGCUUUUUAGAGAGAAAGAGACUUGAAAAAUACUGGAAAUAAAUAUUACUGCAUAAACGUUCUGCAGAAAAGGUUUUAUUUGAAAGAUCAUACCACGACAUUUCGUGACCCAUAGAGUUCACUAGACUGUACGACUCUUCUUCAUAUUUACCAUAGACUUUACUAGGCUACACUGCAUUUCAUUGCUCCAUUGUGUGUGUACGUUGGAAAAUCGUUUAAACCGAGUUUUUUUACUCACUAAUUUCAGCCAAUUCAUACUUACGCGACGCUAAAAUACCAAAAAAUGUGUAUAGCACACAGCCGUUACACCCUCAUCACCCCAAGAGACAACUUUGGAGACAGCAAAUGUGCUUCUAACGUUUGAGUCUGUGCACGAAAUCUUAUGAUGUUACCAUUCAUAUGAAACCACUUUCACAGUACUUUUUCACAGUGCUAUUGUUAUUUUGUACUUUACAGAAAAGAAUUAGGAUUGUUCUUGAUUUUACAGGAGAAAUGAAAACAUUACCUUCGAUCAUGUGCACCUGCUGCGUCUGAUUUUGACGCCAAGGUGACAACUCAAACAUGCAAAAUGAUGAUUUUCGCAGUACGCACCUCAAUAACUAUCUAGUAUCUUUACUGCUAUGCGUUCAUUCAGCAGUAGUUUGGUUGGUGUUUACAGCUGUGAGAUUUGCAGCUUUUCAUGAUGUGUUAGCGUUCGCAGUUAGAGCCGGGAUUCGCCUAGACACUUCACCCGGUUUCGGUGCGCACAUGUGAAGACUAAAAAAGUCGCUCGAGAUACAAGGGCUAUCCGAGAUUUAUCUUUGCCAAGGUUUUUAUUCUUAAUUUAAUUGUACAAUCCGAGAAUACGUUUUAAGCCAAAAUGUUAGCCAAAAAUAAUCAACCGGAAUCCGUUUUUUAAAAAGGCGUAGAUUUGAGUCUAAAUGUCAACUAAUCCUGGGUCAUCCUUGGUUUUCUUAAUCCUGUUUUAGACUCCCUCAGGCUGUAGCAAGCCGCAGUAGUUUGUUAUAUUAUAAUCAAUUUUUUUGUGUGCGUGUGCUGAUUAAAUUAUUCCGCAGUUUUUUUUACCUUAACCUUGACUUCUCUGUUUCAAACAAAACGCAGCCUCCCUAGGCAGGAAUUCAAAAACUCUAAUUUGACCAAUGACUCAUCGGAAUGCGUGUUCAAUUUAUUGUUCUCAGUUACAGCUUUUUUGUUUAAUAUCAGUGGUAAGCAAGUUCGACAAAAAUUUUACGCGCGUAGCUUUUUUUUAACCUGUACACUUCAGUUAGCAAGGUCAAGGUCGCAAUGCGAAGAAAUAAAAACACUUCAUAAAACAGAAUACUAAAUGAUAAGGGACACAAAUAGACUGCAAAACAGUCGGGGUUUUUUUUCUCAAAAUCAGUAAAGAAAUCGGUAAAGCGUGGCGUAAGAGUCUUGAGCGCGAAGCGCGCGAGAGAAAAGCGUCUCUCCCCAGUCUCGCUCUCUGUUCCAGACCUUUCGUUUGACUGCUCGCGCGUACUUGAAUACGCAAAAAUACGGAGUGUCUUGUAGUCUAGGACACAAACGGACCCAAACUUUUGUUCUUCAUAAAUAUGCACUUUUAUUAAGGUUGCAGUUUGGUUAAAUGCAUUGUUUUCGUUGAUUUCCGCCCUUUUAAAUAUCUAGCCAAGAUCUCAUUCAACCAAAAAAUGACUCAAUUAAGUUGGAGUCCUUGGUUCAAUAAUUUCUUGAGAAUUUUUGGGUGAUUUUUCGAAUGUUUUCAAUGCAUACAAAUUAAGGGGCGGUGUUUAAAAUUUUGGAUUUGGGUUGGUUAAAAAUAAAAAUAAGAAGUGAAUAACUGGUAGAAAAAUUCCAGACUGUCCACUGGUCGAUCACCAGAACAAAGUGCCUCGGAGCCCAUUAGCAGACUAACUGGUUUAUAAUGGUAAUUGAACUGAGUGGGGUGUAAUUUUGUCUGAAAUCACACGUAUGAUAUGGGACCAAAAUUACACGACGAAGUUCAAUUACCACUUUAUUACAGCCGUUGUAAAAUCGCAGAAUUCUGUCAGUACCAAUAUUAUAAUGAUCAAUUAGCUGGUUUGUUGAAAAGCGGAAACAAAAAGGCUUUUAAAUCUUAUUUUGUAUUCGAAACAGAAUGAUACCCAAUAGAGCAAAAAUGGUGCGAUUUAAAACAGCAAUGAUGCGAUUUAAAGUCUGUGAAAAUGACAGUUUUACUCGGCCACCCUCAAUGUUUUACAAAUACCGACGAAAAAAUAUUAUGACUGAAUACAUUCAAGCUUAUGUCUCAAGCAGUGUCAAACAACCGUUUACAAAUUGUUUUUUUUCCCAUGGUUUACCGGUGCGUUACGUUGUGUAUGGGUACGUUUAGUGUACGUUAUCCUUGACUACGACUACAAACUUUACAGUCGUCGUCACUGCUCGCCAUACACGGUGUACUUAGACUUUUCUGGUGACUACCCGCUGUCCUAGAAGACUAUGGACGCUAGGUGACGUGAAGUCUUUUUCCCCGAUACCCAUUUUCAUUCAAGACCUAACCAUACUAAUGCCAUGUACGUUGCUCUUUCAGAUGACCUUUCGCGCAUGUUUAAACAGGCUGGACUAGUUGAAGAGCAGAACUACGUUGAUCGUAGACUACAAGUAAAUCGCGGGCGACAGCUUAAAAUGUAUCGUAUCUGGAUUCAGUGCAAGUAUCGGAAACCAACAUGA